CUGUCACUCGUCUCUGCCCGGGAAAAGAUAUUGAGGAAGUCGCUGUUCCAAGAAAAAACUAGUUCCUUGGUCUACUACACUUCCACGGAGAGCUACACACUACGCUACCCUUAUCGUUCCCUCGCCAUUGCCAAAAACCCAGAAGAACAGGCCUCCAAAAUUGGCUGAAACAAGUUCUCCCAUCUUGGUUGUUCUGACAGACAGGUUAGUUAAAGAUAAGAAUGGCGCACACGUGCAUUUCGACAUCGGCAUCGUCUCUUCGGUUGACUAGCCUGCCCUUCUCUUCAAAAUCAAGCACCAAUCUUGACUCUCAUAACUUAUCUCUUCCUUUCCAUCCCCUUCCUCCCAGGAAACUGAAGAAGCUAUUUAGUAAUCAAAAGAAUGCGAGGGGUUCUCAGCCAAAGGCUGUCUACACAGGUGAGUUUUGGGCUCCAGAGAAAAGCUCUCGACAUGGAAUUUGGUCAAUAAGGGAUGAUUUGCAAAUCCCGUCGUCACCUUAUUUCCCUGCAUAUGCACAAGGGCAGGGGGCCCCUCCAAUGGUGCAAGAGCGAUUUCAGAGUGUUAUUACCCAGCUAUUCCAAUAUAGAAUAAUUCGCUGUGGUGGAGCUGUUGAUGAUGAUAUGGCAAACAUUAUUGUAGCUCAGCUUCUUUAUCUUGAUGCUGUUGAUCCUGAGAAGGACAUUGUCAUGUAUGUGAAUUCCCCUGGAGGGUCAGUUACAGCUGGUAUGGCCAUAUUUGACACUAUGAGGCAUAUCCGGCCUGAUGUCUCGACUGUGUGUGUCGGACUUGCUGCUAGCAUGGGAGCUUUUCUUCUUAGUGCUGGAACUAAAGGAAAACGAUACAGUUUACCUAAUUCGAGGAUAAUGAUACAUCAGCCUCUUGGUGGAGCUCAAGGAGGUCAAACUGAUAUUGAUAUCCAGGCGAAUGAAAUGCUGCACCAUAAGGCAAAUUUAAACGGAUAUCUUGCUUACCACACUGGUCAAAGUUUGGAGAAGAUUAACCAGGAUACAGACCGUGAUUUUUUCAUGAGCGCAAAAGAAGCAAAGGAAUAUGGACUUAUUGAUGGUGUUAUCAUGAAUCCUUUGAAAGCACUUCAGCCACUAGCUUCUACAGCUGAUAGUAAUGAAUAGCCAUUGCGUGUUUGGUAUCAAUGACAUGGCCUUACUCUUUAGAGAUAACUGGAAAUAAUUGUCCACAUAUCUGAGUGCCUCUUUCAGUGUUGAAUAAUGAUGAUAUUAUGGUAAAGAAAUAUGAAUUUUGAUGUUAAUUAUUAUAUAAACAAUAUUAAACAGUUAAUAUGAAGGGUUUUCUUUUUUU